AUGGACGGCGCAGCGCACACUCUCCGCAACAUCUCCUUGAGCGACAGUGGACGGCGGGACAUGAGGACGCCAACGACGACGACAACAACAGAGCGCGGGGCCACAUCAUCUACAGCCACCGCUGCCGGCGCCGGCGCCGCGACGAUGGACGGCCUGACAUGUGAAUGCGGCCGCAAGUUUACGCGCAUUGAGAACCUGCGCCGGCACCAGCGGACGCUCUGCAAGCGCGCGUUCAACCGCCCCGAUGUGCUCAAGCGCCAUUUACGCACGCACGACAGCACGCCGCCCGCCGAGCCAGUGGGCGAGAGCAGCGCGGCGUCGCGCGCCGCCUCGGCGUCGCCAGAGCGCGCUGCACCUCCACCACCACAGCAGCAGGCUGAACCGCUGUUCGACUUCGCCACCACCCUGGAUCGUGAGGCUCCUCCACCGACGACCAACCUAACCAUCCCAGCGUUCCAAAACGCCUCAGAGCUCGACCUGCAGUUCAACCUCCCGUUCCCACUCGCCGAGCCCAUGCAGGUCGAUCCCUUGUGGGGUGAGUUUUGA